AUGGAUCCUACAGGCAAAUCUUCGGACAACGAUAUCAUCAGAGCGCUAGACCGUGUACAGCUUUGGAGUAUCAUUUCAGAGACGGAUGGUAACUUGUCAGCGCAGAUGGAUGUCGAUGUGUGGUCCGCUGGGCAGAAACAGCUUUUGUGUCUUGCACGGGCGAUGGAACAUGCCAAAGAUGGUGAAGGCUCAAUAGACACGAUGAUGAAAUCUGACGAGCAAGUAGUGUUGACAGCAAAAACAGAGGCACUCAUGCAGGACACGAUAGACGAGAUCUUUCAGGACUGCAUUAUCAUUGCGAUCAUGCACCGCCUGACCCACAUUACUCGGUACGACGAGGUUGCUGUUGUGGAUGAGGGGCAUUUGAUGGAACAUGGUGCCCCCCAGCCUUUUGCUGAGUCGAGACUCGAGGCUCGCUCAAUUAGACAGGCUGAAGGUGUAAAUUAA